AUGUCUGAGAUUUUUAAAAGAACACAACAAGAUCGUGUCAGUGCAUAUUCAGGCGGCGGUGAGAUUGGAUUCAAGAGUUUGUUGGGACCAUGGGGAUUUGCAAAGUUCCCAUUAAUACAUCGUAUCCAUGAAAUCAGGAAAGAUAUUCCAAUUACAUUUAUCUAUGGAGAGAAUACUUAUUCCAUAAUUGACAACAGCAUGGGAAAAAGAACAAAGGAAAUCAGAAAGGACUCGCAAGUUGAUGUGCAUCUCGUCAAAGAUGCCAGCCACCAUGUUUAUUCUGAUCAAGUUUACCAGUUUAACCAGUUAUUAUUAGAUACUUGCAAAGAAGUUCCAUGAUACAGGACAAAAUAUUUUUUUCCAUAAUUUUGAGGUGAUAGUUGACGCGGCAGACUACAUUCACACAAUUGCUUUUUUUUCACAAUUAGAAUCCAUCUCUACAUUGCUACUAAUAUUUAAUUCAUCGAUAUGUAUUUAUUACAUCACUUGUUCAUUUCAAAGAUAACAAUUUAAAAGCUGUAUGUAUUAGAUAUUUACAUAUAUUUUGUGAUCAAAUAAAUCAAAUGUAUAUAACUUUAA